UAACAUAUGUGGUUUACACAGUGCACUUCUUGCUUGCCAGAGUACGAUGAAGAUAACGAAUAUGUCAUGUUCCCAGAUUAGUAUUUGAAGGAUACUAUGAAGUAAAGAUAUCUUUCAAAAUGGAAUUAUUGCCUAUUGUACUUUGUGUAUAUAAACGUAUAAAUAUAAAGUAUGGCGACGUGUCAAAAUGGCCGAUCUCAACAAAGAACUAAACGAAUAUCUUCUUAGCAGUAAAAAUGAAAAACAAUUCAAAAUUACCGUACCUUCGGUGACGAUACCGAAAGCGAAUAUUGGAAAAUGGUUCGGUCGAAGCGAAGAUGAUAAACAAGAAGCGGGAUGGAUCCAAGGAACACAAAAGGAAUGUUGUCCUAGCAUGACAAGAGUACAAAGGCUAGUAGCAUUUGUUGCAUGCUUUUCUAUGGGUUUACUUUGUUUCUGUUUGUCGGCGAUUUAUAUCCCAGUUUUGCUCCUUAAAGCAAGAAAAUUUGCACUUCUGUAUACAUUAGGAAGUGCUUUCUUUCUCUCAAGCUUUUGCUUCCUUUUUGGUCCAUUAAGUUACCUAAAGUCAUUAUUCAGCGCUGAAAGAAGGUGUUUCAGUAUAUCCUACUUUGUAACUUUAGUAGGAACGCUUUAUUGCGCUCUGCAUUUACAAUCUACUCCACUAACGGUACUCUGUGCUGUUUUGCAAUUAAUAGCUAUGUUAUCAUUCCUGAUAAGUCAUAUACCAGGAGGAACUAAAGGCCUAAUGUUUUUUACGAGAAUGUUCAAAUCUUCGGUAAAUUCUACAUUGCCUGUAUGAUACUACAAUUACUUAGGCAUUAAAUAUAUACAUGUGAAAUCAAUAUUGUAUCUUCAAUUUUAAUAUUUUAUAAAACUCCAUAUAUACGAUAUUUAUAUGCAAAUCAACGACAUGCUAUACUGCAUGUUUUUAUGUGGACACAACAUAUACGAAAGACUGACUUAUCUUAACAAAUAAUCAGACCUUAUAUACUAUGUAUAAUAAUAUGUUUAUUUGUAUUUAAAGGAAUGAAUCAGUAAAAACACUUAUGUUAUAAGAACUAACAAAUAAAAGUUGCUAUAUAUA